CGGCAGCCGUAACGAGCUCGGAAAUCGCCUGCACAGCUGUUUCAACGACGGCUGCUCGGAAUUCGGAGGGAGGGAGGAAGGAAUCGGAGUGUUCGGUAAGCUUCGCGAAGCGGGAUGGAGGCGCCGCGCCUCCGCCUCCCGUUCCUCCUACUGGUGGCCCUCGUCGUCUCGCCGCCGGCGGUCGCCGCGGCGGCGAGCCGAAUGCGGAUCGAGCCCCUCCCCACCGCCGCGCUGCGCCGCCUCUACGACACCUCCAACUACGGCAAGCUGCAGCUCAACAACGGCCUCGCCCUCACCCCGCAGAUGGGAUGGAACAGCUGGAAUUUCUUCGCCUGCAACAUCAACGAGACGGUCAUCCGCGACACAGCUGACGCACUAGUCUCGACGGGGCUGGCUGAUUUGGGCUACAACUAUGUAAAUAUCGAUGAUUGUUGGUCCAAUGUAAAAAGAGGAAAAAAGGAUCAAUUGCUACCUGACCCAAAAACUUUCCCUUCUGGCAUCAAAGAUCUUGCGGACUAUGUGCAUGGGAAAGGUCUAAAGCUUGGUAUCUACUCUGAUGCUGGGAUUUUUACAUGUCAAGUUCGACCUGGAUCGCUCCAUCAUGAAAAGGACGAUGCUGCAAUAUUUGCUUCAUGGGGUGUUGAUUACCUGAAGUAUGACAACUGCUACAAUUUGGGAAUAAAGCCCAAGGACAGGUAUCCUCCAAUGCGUGAUGCUUUAAAUUCAACUGGACGCCAAAUAUUCUACUCUCUAUGUGAAUGGGGCCAGGAUGAUCCAGCCUUAUGGGCUGGCAAAGUUGGUAACAGUUGGCGCACAACAGAUGACAUACAGGAUACAUGGAAAAGCAUGACUGAUAUUGCUGAUAAGAAUAACAAGUGGGCAUCAUAUGCUGGACCCGGUGGAUGGAAUGACCCGGAUAUGCUGGAAGUCGGGAAUGGUGGCAUGACCUUUGCAGAGUAUCGUGCACAUUUUAGCAUCUGGGCACUUAUGAAGGCCCCUCUCUUAAUUGGUUGCGAUGUCAGAAACAUGACUAAAGAAACAAUGGAAAUAUUGAGCAACAAAGAAGUAAUUCAAGUAAAUCAAGAUCCUCUUGGAGUUCAAGGAAGAAGAAUUUUAGGUCAAGGGAAAAAUGGAUGCCAAGAGGUGUGGGCUGGCCCCCUCUCUGGUAACCGUCUGGCUGUUGUUUUAUGGAACCGCUGUGAGGAGUCUGCCAAUAUUAUAGUAAAAUUGCCAUCUGUAGGCCUUGAUGGUUCAUCUCCCUAUUCUGUUAGAGAUCUGUGGAAGCAUGAAACUCUAUCAGAGAACGUUGUUGGAACUUUUGGGGCGCAAGUUGACGUGCAUGACUGCAAAAUGUAUAUUUUCACUCCCGCCGUCACCGUUGCAUCAAGUUGAUCAUGAAGAGCAUCAUGCCUGAUGCUUUCCUGGAAGCACCCAGUAUCUACUCAAAUUAGACCUGAUGAAUCGUCCACCAUUUUGGUCGAGGCAACAGGUCUACUGAAAUUUGCUUUGUGGAGAAUGCAGUUUUCCCGUUUCUAUGGGGAAGUUCGUGCAAGCAAACCACGUAAGGUUUUUCUUGCAAGCUUGUGGUGUAAAUUUAUUGGUGGCUUGACGCCGUUUGCUGUACAGGAUGCAAAUAAAUAAUUUAUUCUGUCCAUCCAGCGGCUGUGAAAAUGAGAUGGUACAUAAACUAAAAAAAAAUGUUUUUUAAA